AUGGCAACCAAGCAUUUUCGUUCAUAUCUGGAAGGAAACAAAAUUUAUGUUCGAUCAGAUUGUAAAGCAUUAGAAUGGAUGCGAACGGCCAAAGAUGUAACAGAUCGAUUAGCUCGAUGGGCGAUGAAAUUAUCAGCUGAUCAAAUCGAAGAAAUCAAAUAUCGACCAGGAAAAUUAAAUGCAAACGCCGAUUCAUUGUCACGUAAUACAUUACCUGAUGAUAUUGUCAAUCAACACGAAGUGUCAACAAUAGAAACAGCUGUCAACCUGUGGCAGAACACAAACAUUUUGAAGGACAUAAAAGAAGAACAACAAGCCGAUCCAAAAUUAAAACAAAUAAUAAAUUUUUUAGAAACAAAACCAACAACAGAUUCUAAUGAUAAACGCAAUCCACAUAUUCUUGUGAAUGGAUUAUUAUACAAGAUAAAAAAUUCAAAUAUGCAUUACAAUCAACGAAUCAUUGGUGAGAAGCAUUUAUUGGUCAUUCCAAAAACAAUGCAAAACAAAUUGUUAGAAUGGGCUCAUGAUCACCCAACAGCUGGACAUGGUGGUCAACAAAAGACAUUAUUUAGAUUAAUAACAAGGGUAUAUUGGGAGUCAAUGAGAAAAGACGUAUUUAAUUACAUUUCUGCAUGCCAAUUAUGUCAACAAUUUAAAUACAAUAAUGCUCCGACAGCAAGUCCAAUGCAAUUACAUUCAGUGAAUGAACCAUGGCAUACAAUCGGGAUGGACAUUAUGGGUCCAUUCCCGACCACUGCAAGGCAGAAACGAUUUCUUCUCGUUAUUGUGGACUAUUUUACUCGAUGGAUCGAAUUAUUCCCAUUGAAUUCAAUUACAUCAAGCGACAUAACAAAUAUUCUCACGAAUGAAAUAUUUUCAAGAUAUGGACUACCAAAACACAUUGUAUCGGACAAUGGUCCACAAUUCAUUUCAAAUUUAUUUAAAAAUUUCUGUGAUGCAUUAGGAAUAAAACAAAAUUUAACAGCAAAUUAUCAUCCUCAAAGCAACAUGACGGAACGUGUGAACAGAACACUAAAGCCAUUAAUUGCCAUAUACGCUCAACAACAACCCACCUCAUGGGAUAAAGAAAUUCAAAAAUUAGCGUAUGCAAUACGAACAGCCGUCAACGAAACAACAGGUGAAACUCCAGCUUUCAUGAUGUUCGGACGAGAUCCGAGAGGUCCACUCGAUUUAUUGAUCGGUGAAAGAACAGAAGAAGCACGACCAACCACAAAUGAGCAUGUACAAAUUCAAGAAUACAAAAAAAAUUUAAUUAAUAAUUUACGAUAUGCAUACAACAUUGUCAAAGAACAUGCAGAAAUAGAAAAAUUAAAACAAAAAGAUAAAUACGAUCGGCAUACUACCGACAGACAAUACACCGAAGGUGAUCUGGUAUGGGUAGCUAUUCCAACAAGACAAAUUGGUGAAAAUUCAAUAGCUGGAAAAUUACAACCUCAUUAUCAAGGUCCGUGCCGCCUGAUCAAACAAUUAACACCGAGCACAUUCACAGUUCUUCGAAUCAAUGACAACGUACAACUUGGUGCAACAAACACGGAUCGUCUCAAACCAUACUUCGAACCCAUUAUAAACAACAGAAAUACAACGGCUAUCGAGAACGAUCAAACAACCAACGAAAGACAAAGAACAACAACAAACAACAAUAAUGAAGUGAUAGAUGAUGAUUUAAAUCUACAAAAUAUAAAAGAAAAGAAUCCAUCAACGUGGUAUGCACCACCACAACGUCGAGUGUCAAAUCGUCACCACAGGGUGCCGAUAAGAUACAUUGAAAAUUAA